AUGGCGUUAUCACAAGCAGGAGAGAUGCUGUCCUCUCUUCGGUGUUUGUUAUAUUUAUUGGUCCUCGGUGUUGCAGGAAUAAACUCGUCGACCCUCCGUCUCCAUCCUGAGCAGCGACAUAUGCUGCCGCAAAACAGAGGAUUUUUCACAAUAGAAGCAAAUGAGGAUUUAUUAGACGGAGAUGGAGGUGGCUCCGCGGCUCGAGCGCUGCAUCUGGCCGCUCGUAGUGGAGUCAAAGGCGGGUCGGACUACGGCGCCUAUCCGCAGCAUCGAAGUCGUCGGAGCACUGGUAAACCGGCUAUGCCAAAGGUGUACGGCCAGGCCAACCUGAAUGACUCUCAUAACCAGAUGGUGGUCCACUGGGCUGGAGAGAAGAGCAAUGUCAUUGUAGCCUUGGCUCGAGACAGUGCAGGACCCACCGGGCCCAAAACCAGCUCUGUCUACGUGUCCUAUGACUAUGGCACCACUUUCAUACUUGUCUCAGACAAGUUCAGGUUUUCGGGGGCUAAUAUGAAGAAUGGCAGCAAGCAGGUCAUCUCUCAGUUCUACCACAGCCCUGCAGACAACAGAAGGUACCUUUUUGUAGACUCUACCAACAACCACCUUUGGAACACCUUUGACUUCUGUAAAACCGUCCAGGACUUCUCCCUCCCCUUCAAACCAACCGACCUGCUGCUCCACAGCAGACGAUCCAACCUAGUACUUGGGUAUGACAGCUCCCACCCAAACAAACAGCUGUGGAAAUCAGACGACUUUGGGGAAACGUGGGUGUUGAUCCAAGAGCACGUGAAGACCUACUUUUGGGGUGUGGAACCCUACGACCCCCCAACCACAGUGCUUGUCCAGAGACACGAACCACAGGGUGUCUCCACUAUUCUCAGCAGCACAGACUUCUUUCAGACUGAACAGAACCGCAGAGUGAUCCUAGGGCUGGUGGACAGCUUCCAGCUCCGAGACAAGUACAUGUUUGCCACCACCACACAGAAACUGUUGGGCAGCCAUGAACCUUCAUCUGUUCAGCUCUGGGUCUCUUACAACCGCCAGCCAAUGAAAGCAGCCCAGUUCAUGACCCGGCAUCCAAUCACAGAGUAUUACAUAGCAGAUGCAUCUGAGGACCAAGUGUUUGUGUGUGUGAACCACUUGAACAAUGUCACACACCUCUACAUCUCAGACACACAGGGCCUCUCCUUCUCUCUGUCACUGGAGAAUGUGCUGUAUUACAGUCCUGAAGGCUCUGGCAGCAACACACUCAUCAGGUACUUUGCCAAUGAGCCGUUUGCAGACUUGCACCGUGUGGAGGGGCUGAGAGGCGUCUACAUCGCCACUCUCAUCAAUGGUUCUGUGAGCGAGGACAACAUGCGAUCUGUCAUCACGUUUGACAAGGGAGGGACAUGGGAGUUGCUUCAGCCACCUGCCACCGACAGCCUGGGAGGAACCAUAGACUGUCAGCUCAGUAAAGGUUGCUCUCUCCACCUGGCUCAGCGCUGGAGCCAGCUGUUCAACAUCCAGCUGAGGAGGAUACCUAUUUUAUCCAAGGAUUCUGCACCUGGACUUAUUAUGGCCACAGGAUCUGUUGGCAGGAACUUGGCCAACAAACCCAAUGUGUAUGUAUCCAGCAGCGCUGGAGCCCAGUGGAGAGAGGCAUUGGCAGGGCCUCAUUUCUACACCUGGGGUGACCAUGGUGGUAUCCUUAUGGCUAUCACACAAGGAGGCCCCACUACACAACUGAAGUUCAGCACCAAUGAGGGCGAGACGUGGACCGACUUUAAGUUCUCAGAAAAGGACGUGUAUGUUUACCAGCUGCUGACAGAGCCUGGAGAGAAGAGCACCAUCUUCACUAUUUUUGGUUCUUACGCAGAGCAGAGGCACAGCUGGCUCAUCUUGCAGGUCAACACCUCUGACGUUCUGGGGGUACCUUGUUCUGAGAAGGACUACAAGUACUGGUCCCCAUCUGAUGAGCAUGGUAACGAGUGUCUGUUGGGCAGAGAGAUAACAUUUAAAAGGCGAGCUCCUCAUGCUACGUGUUUUAACGGAGAGGAUUUUGACCGGCCAGUCACCAUCUCUAACUGCUCCUGCACACGCCAGGACUAUGAGUGUGAUUAUGGCUUCAAGUUGAGUGAAGACUUAUCUCUUCAGGUGUGUGUCCCUGACCCUGAGUUCUUGGGCGAUCUCUACGCUCCUCCAGUUCCUUGUCCUGUUGGGACCACCUACCUCCGCAGCAAAGGCUAUAGGAAGGUACCAGGUGACAGCUGCAGCGGUGGCGAUGUGGAGGCCAGGCUGGAUGGAGAGAUGUUGCCUUGUCCUAUCGGAGAGAGUAAUGAGUUCAUCUUGUAUGCUGUGAGAAACUCUAUCCAUCGCUACGACCUGGCCACGGGCACCGACCAGGCUCUGCCUCUAGCUGGCCUUAGGGAGGCUGUGGCUCUGGACUUUGAUUACGACAGGAACUGCCUGUACUGGGCCGACAUCUCACUGGACACCAUACAGCGGCUGUGUCUGAAUGGCAGCACAGGUCAGGAGGUUGUUGUGAGGAAAGACCUGCAGAAUGUGGAGGCUCUGACUUUUGACCCCAUCAGUAGACUGCUAUACUGGGUGGAUGCUGGAGCACAGAAGAUUGAAGUUUCAAAUCCUGAUGGAGAUCUGCGUCACACUCUGCUCAACUCUUCCAUCCUAGAACAUCCGCGAGCUAUGGUUCUGCUGUCUGGAGAGAGUCUGAUGUUCUGGACUGACUGGGGAGACCGAGCACCUGGGAUUUACCGAAGCUACAUGGAUGGAACCAACGUGUCCCACAUCGUGUCAGAAGGUGUUCGCUGGCCCAAUGGCAUCACAGCUGAUGACCACUGGCUGUAUUGGACUGAAGCCUACAGCGACCGCAUUGAAAGGGCCGACUUUACUGGAGGGCAGAGGAGCGUUCUCAUGGAGGGACUACCCCACCCAUACGCCAUAGCUGUCUUUAAGAAUGACCUGUACUGGGACGACUGGUCCAAAAUGGGAAUCUUCAAAGCUCCAAAGGUUGGUUCUCAGAACAACGAACUGAUUGUUGGCAGGCUAACUGGAGUUAUGGACCUCAAGAUCUUCUAUAAGGGGAAGAACAGAGGCCAUAAUGCUUGUGCUGACCAGCCAUGCAGCCUGCUGUGUCUGCCUCAGCCCGGCCACAGACACACCUGCAUUUGCCCAGAGGGUGCACCAACUGUAACUAUGCCCAAUGGAGAGCUGCAGUGCCAGUGUCCCCAGGGCUACCAGCUCCAGAACAACACCUGCGUCAAGACCGACCACAGCUGUUUGCCAAACCAGUAUCGGUGCUCCAAUGGCCGAUGCAUCAGCAGCAUAUGGAAGUGCGACAGUGACAACGACUGUGGAGACAUGAGUGAUGAACAAGAGUGUCCCACUACGACCUGUGACCCAUCCAACCAGUUUCGCUGCGUGGCCUCAGGUUCCUGCAUCCCACUGGCCUUUAAAUGUGAUCGUGAAGAUGACUGUGGUGACAACAGUGAUGAGGAGAACUGCGAGUCUCAUAAGUGUGGGCCCGAUGAGUUCACAUGUGCACGUGGUGUUUGCAUCCGCAAGACUUGGCGCUGUGAUGGAGACAAUGACUGCAGAGACUGGUCAGAUGAAAUGAACUGCACUGUGGGCCACCAUACAUGCGAGCCCAGCAGUUUCCAGUGUACCACAGGUCACUGUAUACCGCAGCGCUGGAAAUGUGAUGGUGAUGAUGACUGUCAGGAUGACUCAGAUGAAGAUCCACAGCAUUGUGAGGGAACUCAGUGUAAAGGCUUCCUCUGCUCCAAUCACACCUGCCUGCCAGCCUCCGCACACUGCAAUGGCAUCAAGGAGUGUCCAGACGGUGCAGAUGAGAACAACUGUGAUCCCCUGUGUACUCGCUACAUGGAGUUUGUAUGUAAGAACCGAGUCCAGUGUCUGUUCCAGUCUCUGGUGUGUGAUGGGAUCAAACAUUGUGAAGACGGAUCUGAUGAGGACACUGCAUAUGCUGGAUGUGCCACACCAUCCGAAUUCAGCAAAGUGUGUGACAUCUAUACCUUCCAGUGUGCCAAUGGAGUGUGUGUGAGCCUGGAGUGGAAGUGCGACGGCAUGGAUGACUGUGGGGAUUAUUCUGAUGAAGCCAAUUGUGCUGCUCCUACUGAGGUCCCAGGCUGUUCUAGGUAUUUUCAAUACGAGUGCGAAAAUGGUCGUUGUAUCCCCACAUGGUGGAAGUGUGAUGGAGAAAAUGAUUGUGGGGACUGGUCUGAUGAGGCCCUGUGUACAGGUGGUGUUAUUCCUCACACUGUGGCCCCUGGUCCCUCUACAUGUGCCCCCAACCGCUUCCACUGUGGCUCGGGGACUUGUAUCAUCAAUACCUGGGUGUGUGAUGGCUAUGCCGACUGUCCUGAUGGCAGCGAUGAGUUUGGAUGUCCAGCAGCAGUUAAUGCUUCCGUGACUCCUGCCCUGGUACCCACCCAGGCCCCUCCCCCGCCUCAUUCCCCUGAUCACUGUAGUCGAGGUCAGUUCCUGUGUCAUCAUCCCGCCCACUGCAUCCCUGACUGGCAGCGCUGUGAUGGACACCGCCACUGUCAGGAUGGCUCUGAUGAAGCUCACUGCCCUACCCCUGGGCCUCUGUUCUGUGUGAAUGGGACUCGCUGUUCUGAUUCUGAAGCCUGCGUGCUGGACAGUGAGUGGUGUGAUGGGUUCCUGGACUGCUCUGACCAUAGUGAUGAAGAUAGCUGUACCACGGAGACCUUGGCCUAUAAAGUCCAGAACCUCAAGUGGACACCAGACUUCUCUGGUGGCAUCACUCUGACCUGGACCCGUCCUAAAAACCUUCCCCAGGACUCCUGCAACUUCCUCAUCUACUACAGGCUUGUGGGAAUGCAGCAGUGGACCAUCAUGGAUACCAGCAGUAACAAGGCCAGCUACAAAUUGACUGUGCUAAAACCAGACACCACCUACCAGGUGAAGGUGCUCACUCAGUGCCUCAGCAAGCUGCACAAGACCAAUGAGAUGAUCACAGUCAGGACCCUAGAGGGAUUACCUGACCCUCCCAGGAAUCUGCAGCUGUCUUGUGAUAAUGGUGAGGAUGGGACGGUAUUGGUCUCCUGGAGCCCUCCUGACAAGGGCAACGGCCUCAUCAGGGAGUACAUUGUUGAGUACAGCGUGCCUCGAAGUGCUGAUUGGACAUCACAGAGAUCCACCACAAACAGCACUGAGGUGAAGGAGCUGCAGCCAGAAACUCUGUAUAGGUUCAAAGUGGCUGCAGUGACCGGUCGAGGUGUUGGAAACUGGUCUGAAGAGAAAUCCAUUACUCCUAGGAAAGCUCUGCCGCCUCCCUCUGUAAUCGCCGACAGCAUCACCACUGAUUCCAUGAGCCUAUCAUUUAGCUUAAACUCACAGUACGAUGUGAAACAGUACAUUGUGAUCCUGUCCUGGCAGUUUGACACCCAUGUGAAGGAGAAGACAAACUAUACAGUCACAUCAGGGGUCCUCAAAGUUACAAACCUGACAGCAGGGACAGUGUACGAGGUGGCCGUGUGGGCUCACACCAGCGUUGGUGACAGUCCCACUGCCCUGUCACAUCCACAGACCAGAGGCGCGCAGCCAGAGCGGCCUCUCCUCAAAGCCAAGGCUGUCAAUCAGACAGCUGUGGAGUGCAGCUGGACCAUUAGUGGAUCGCCUGCGCAAGUGUAUGGUGUAUUUUAUGCCACCUCCUUCCUGGAUUUCUACCUCAGUCCUCAUCAGGUGCAUACCACUUCUGCCGGCCUCACAGUGACUGUAGAAAGCGAUGAACAAUAUCUCUUCCUGGUGCGGGCUGUUGCUCCUUUCCUGGGUCCUCCCUCUGACUAUGCUGUGGUGAAAAUGAUUCCCAAUGAAAGGCUGCCACCCAGGAACCUCCACCGUGUACGAGUCGACAAGACUCAGGCUACACUGAAAUGGCAGCCACCUUAUGACAGCCCAAGCAAACCUUUGACAUAUGCAAUCCAUGUGCGGGAUGUGAUUCGUAAGGUGGAGCGUGACUACAAACUGACCACCCAGAACAACACAGUGGAGUACCUACUGAAAGGCUUGGAGCCUGGAGGACGAUACAGCGUCUCUGUCCGCCUGCGAAACAUGAGCAAGGAGGCCAGCUUCACGCUCGGCACAGUUCCUCUUGCGGCACCCGAAGCCCUGAAAAUUUUGACAGAAAAAGACCACAUAUUCCUCUUAUGGAAGAGCCUGGCUGUCCGAGAGAAGGGCUUCAAUGAGAGCAGGGGGUAUGAAGUGCAUGUCUUUGACAGUGGGACCAACAUGACAUCAUACCUGGGAAACACCACAGAGACGUACUUCAGGAUCAGCAGCCUGCUGAUGGGACACAACUACACUUUCUCUGUUCAGGCUCGCUGUUUGCUCAAUGGUCAGCUGUGUGGGGAGCCUGCCCUACUGCUCUAUAACCAACUGACAGGGAGCAGCGACGCAUCCCGCAGAGAGGCCCACUCAGGGGACAUGGCAGCAGUGGUGGUUCCUGUCCUCUUCCUGCUGCUGCUGGGAGUGUGUGGCGGCUUGGUAGUUCUCUACCUCCGACACCGGCGGCUGCAGAACAAUUUUACCGCCUUUGCCAACUCCCACUACAACUCUCGGCUGGGCUCUGCCAUUUUCUCCUCUGGGGAUGAACUGGGUGAUGAUGAUGAAGAUGCUCCCAUGAUCAGCGGUUUCUCAGACGAUGUUCCCAUGGUUAUCGCAUAGCAUGACCUCCCCAUUACCCAUUUCUCUCUGUUCCCUUCUCUUCUCUUCUUCCACCCUUUAGUCCCCUUCACUCCCUGUCGGCAGCGCGGUACAAUGGAGCGCAGAGCCACCAGGCGGAAACUCGACGCCAUCCCAACCUCAUCAGUGGGAAUCCACCCCAAUUAGCAGAAACAUGAAGAAAAAUGGAAAUGUGUAAAGAGAGAAAAAUAUUUUUCAAAUGUACAAUGCACUUUUUUUGGAUGCGCAAUAACUUAUUUUUUAUAAUGUUAAAAAUAUAUAUGGGGUCAAAAAAAAAGACUGGGAGGAAGAAGUGGACUCUGAAGAAACUGUGAAGGAUUUGAGUUUGUGGAGCACGUCAGGGAAAGAAACGACCCUAUCUGUAAUGCAAACUCAUUACCCAUAGGAGUGGUACAUUGCUUAAAGCCAAAAUACGGAUCCAGAGACUGGAAUAUAGAAUGCAGGAAAUACACAUUAAAAAAUACAAACUUAUAGACUUACGCUGUAUACAAAAUGUGUAAAUAGAAAAUACUGGAGCAGUAAUAGUUACAUAUUCUGGUACGAGUACAGUUUAUACUGUAGCAGUAUAUGUAACAUUGGUGCCCCGUGUGAGCCAGUUAGAUGAGUUAACUGUGGAUCACGUGUCCUCUUUUCCAGAAUCAGAAUUGUUUGUCUUGUCAAAGGAUCACCAGUUUGGAUGUUGCUGAUUGGUGCAGAAACAAAAAGUCUUUGAUUGACAGCGCUAUCAAUCAGAUCAGUGAUUUUAUUGGCUGGUGGCGUCAUGUAGUGUCCUCGUAGGUGCGCUUUUCUUUUCCACCAGCAGCACUGUUUUGUGUCAGUAGAGGCAACACAAGAUUGAAGAAUAUUCCUGGCUUUGAAAGACGCCCUCCUAGCCUCCUAGCAUUGCCAAGAUCACCUGAAUGAAUUUGUAAAUAUUGGCUUUUAAAAUAUCUUCUCCUUGUAAUGCUGCACCAUGUUGUUCAGUAAAAUGUGUAUUUUGUUUUGUUUUGGGUUUUAUUGUUUGUUUAUAUUGUUCAGAACCACAAAUCAUUGUUCGCAACAUUUUGCCAUAGUUGUAGUCCUCAAGGAAGUGUGUUUGGGGUUCUCAGGGAACUGUGUCGGAGCGGACACCAGCCCAUCACCACCACCGCCAUAGCUUAGGCCGCACUGUGCAUCUACUGAAUAGAUAAAGAAAUCUUUGAAGAGGUCCUGGAUCAGCUGUAGGUACAGAUUACUGUGCGUGAGCGUCAGUUUUAGGCUGUUUUAGAUCAAAGUUUAAAUGCUCACUUCAUCAAGAAGUUUUUUACACACUGCUGGUUGUGUCUAGUCAUUUUAUUGUUUUGCAUUUAUUUGGUUUGGUUUUUAGAUAGAAAUGUGUCCUGUUCCUGUGGAUAGUCACACAGUGUGUGGUGUGCAUGUCCUCAUGAGAAAACAAUACAGUCCAAAAGUCAAAUAGACAAUAAAUCUACAAUAAUAUGUAGAGAGAAGGUUUGCAGGGCUUCACAUCUGACAAGUUCGAACUCAUAAACCUUUGAUGAAAGUCUUAAAUACAGGAAACAACCACCAAGUUGUUAACAAUUAAUGUUUUGACGCUCAGUUCGACAAAAAUAACCAGGACAAAUAAUUACUACAUGUCCCUCCUUUUUAAUUUUUUUUUUUUCAACUUUAACUUUUAAACUUCAAGGAUGUAAAUAGAAUAAAUCCAGCCCUUCACAUUCCAUGAGCUGUAACUCUCAAAGUUUUGCCAUUUUUAUCCACACGUGGACAAAUAUAAGCAGAACUGCACGAGCAAGCCAAUAGGGAUGCUGGUUGGUUUCUUUAGGAUGGUGGAACCAGUGUUGCAUAAGGAGCAGCUGAUUGGAUAGAGAGAGUAACAUGUGGGGACAAUAUUGAAUCUCACAUGAAUAGAUGCAUUAACACACAUGCACAAACAUUAGUUCUGCUCCCGCCCUCCUCACCUAACACUGUACCGCAGUCCAUUAGCAGAUGUUGGUGUUUUGCCUGUGGAAGCCAUUUGAACUGAUGGUGUUCUGCUUUGUGUUGAUCUUGCUUUUGUUCUGUUUGUAAGGACGUCUUCAUGAAUGUAUUUUGCAUCUGUACUUUUUUGGUAAUGUUCCAGCUCAUUAUGCUACUGUCACCACCUGUGACGUCAGUGCACAUGCUCUGUUCUUUACCCCCGGAUUUGUGACCCCCCCCACACACACACACACAGUGGAACACAGCCUUUAUUUAAACCUGUUUCUGCAUGCAAAUUGCAGCUGUUUUAAAACCUUCCGAUUUGUGAACUCAGCGCAGCAAACCAUUGCUGUCAGGUUGAGCCCACAUGUUUGCUUUCAUCAUCUCAUCCCUUCCUAGAUCAUCAAACGGUGUCUGUGCUGACAUUUUUCCUCAAGACUUAGGCUUGAUUUCACGCAGCUCUUCACCCUGUUCAUGAGGCACUUUGUUCCAUUUCUUGGCCUUAACAGAUUUUUCUGGCAUUGAUGCUGUUUUUUGCUCUGUAGAGUUUGCGUUCUCUGAUUUUCUGUUUUGCCACAUAUUGCCUUAUUAGAACACGUUAGGUUUCUAUGUAAUUUACUGUUUGUACAAUGUAACACAGAUGCACAUGCAUGCAUACAGCCACACACACACACACACACACACACACACACACGACCCGCAUGCAAGGCUGAGGAGGAAUUCACUGUUCGGGCAUUUGGUUAAUUUUGUCAGAUCACUGCUCCUUUGUGCUGCAAGAUGGCCUCUUAGUAUUUUUAGUCAGGUUUUACACAUGUGCAAAGUCUUCUUAUUGGUUGUUAUGUGCUGUUUGCUUUUCACUUCUUUUAAAGUGGACUCUUGUGAAAUAGCUUGCUUCAAAAUGUCAUUUGGCAGUGACUUUGACCAUGUUGGAAGAUGUUAAUGUCUUGCUUGCUUGUGUCAGAGAUUGCGAGGAAAGUAAAAUGUUUUGAAAACAUUGUGAGCUGUUUCAAAAAACACUUAUAAUGAAAUAA